AUGGGCAGCGUGUCCAGCGCCAGGUAUGACUCUCAAGAUCCGAACAAUGACCUAAAGCCAAGAGGCAACGGGUCAAGUUCUGGAGGGCCAUCACCAAAUGUCGCGCAAGGUCGAUCGAACCCUGUGGGCGGGCCGUCUAAUGGCCCUUCUACGCAUCUUUCUGGCCUCAUGUGCAACGUUCACCGAACGACCGGACGCGAACCCCAUGCUCUUGUUGGAGCGACGACCACCAUUUUAGGAGAUAAGCUUUAUGUCUUUGGAGGAAGGAUUCUGUCUAGGAGUCGUCCUGCUCCUCUGACAUCGGACAUGUAUGAGCUGGACCUUAUCCGACGACAUUGGACAAAACUCGAGACGUCAGGCGAUGUUCCUCCACCACGUUACUUCCAUUCUAUGUGCGCUUUGGGUGAUACUAAGAUGGUUUGUUACGGAGGAAUGUCACCAGCCCCGAACCAGCCCCCUGGUGCCGACCAGCAGCAGCCUGAAAUUACAGUCAUGUCGGACAUUUAUAUAUACGACGUCAACACCAAAGCCUGGACGUUUAUUCCUACACAGGACCCUCCACAGGGUCGAUAUGCCCAUUGCGCGUGUGUCUUACCCUCGGCGGCCUCAUUCUCUUCGCACCGCGCACCUCUUUCCGCCCUACAACACAAUCCCUCAACCGGUAAUCCUAAUGAAGGACGAAUUGGCAUUAAUAUUGAUGGGUCAGGAGGCGCCGAGAUGGUGAUUGUUGGCGGACAAGACGGCAGGAACAAUUAUAUUGAACAAAUUAGUGUUUUCAACUUGCGAAGCUUGAAAUGGACGUCAACACAGCCUCUGAAUAAAAGCUGGGGCGCAUAUAGGAGUGUCACCGCCCCUCUUCCUCCUUCAGUGGCCUCCAAGCUCGGUCGACAACAGUCGAAUGGAAUGCAACGCCCCGAUGGAGGCAUCAGCCAAGAAGCCCGCGAGCCAGGCGCAUCAAUGCUGAUAUAUUGUAACUACAAUUUCCUGGAUGUCAAGUUGGAGCUACAAAUUCGGUCACCUGAUGGCACUCUUACAGAAAGGCCAAUGACUGGCAACUACUCACCCCCAGGACUGCGAUUCCCCAACGGAGGAAUUAUCGAUACGCAUUUUGUUGUCAGCGGCACUUAUCUCACUUCAUCGCGACAAGAGUACGCGCUUUGGGCUUUAGAUUUGCGAACGUUGACCUGGAGCCGAAUUGAUGCGGGAGGAAGCGUAUUCAGCCAGGGCAGCUGGAAUCGCGGUGUCUUGUGGAACCGCCGAAAUACGUUUGUGAUCUUGGGCAACCGGAAAAGAAGUCUCGUCGAUGACUAUAAUCAUCGCCGUAUCAACUUUUCCAACGUUUGCAUGGUUGAGCUGGAAGCUUUUGGUUUCUACGAUAACCCCCGCAAGACCAGUCCCCUUUCCGGUUUCAUCUCAGCCAGCAGCCCCUAUGCUGGACCGGGUUUGAGUUUGGCGCGCAAAGCCGGAUAUCAGGCGGGCGGGCGAUACCACUCCAGGGCGAGCGAGGAGCUUGGCGAGAAAUCAUUCGCCAUGCGGGAACUCGCAGAUAUGGACAUCCUUUGCAUUGGAGGCGAGCGAAUCCCUGUUAAUUCGAGAAUUGUUGGACGACGAUGGGGACCUUAUUUCGUGCAACUACUUCGCGAAGGAACAGCGACACAAGACGGAAGCGAUGCCAUGACUCUUCGGUCCGGUCUGUCCAGCAACCCCCUGCGCGCGUCGGCUAUAACAAUCACGCCUAGUUCAAGGGCAGCCGACAGCUCAGCAUCGAUGAUCAGCACUAUAGGCUCCUCCUUGGGCUCUUCCGGUGUUGCACCAAGCACAGGAGCAUCCAGUCUCUCGACGGGUGCUAUGGGCCACGAAGCCAACCCGACCAAUAUCAAUGCGGCGCCCACGCCUCAUUCAUUACCGCCAAACUCACGACCGCGAUGUCUCUACCUUCCCCACACUUAUCUCACGAUUCAGGCACUGCUCCAUUUCCUCUACACGAGCUCUCUACCCCCACCAAGUUCGCCUCUUUGCACGCCUCAAAUCCUUUGUUCGCUUUUACAGAUUGCUCGACCCUACCGUAUAGAUGGAUUGCUGGAGGCUGUCGUUGAACGACUCCACUCCUUGCUCGACAGCCGAAACGCAGCAGCUGUGUUCAAUGCGACAGCCAUGGCGGCUGGUGGUGGCCGAGGCAUCGAUGGAUCCCUCAACCCCAACUUCUUUGUUGGAACCCUGGACCCGGUCGGCUCGCCUACAGCUACCCAGGACUUUUCCUUGGGACAAUCCGGAGGCGACAGCUUCUCAUCGGAUUUGCAGAAUCGAACUGAGGGUCUGUCUCUGAACACGAAUGUGCAACAAUUCAACCGACCAUCUAGUGACGAACUAUCUGCCACAACAAGCCAGAGUGGUUCGGAAUGGAGCUCAUCCGAGAUUGGAGGCAGCGAGCGCGACAACUAUGUAUGGAGCGGCGAGCUCAGCAGCGUGAUUGGACUACAGAAGCGAGGACUCCGAGGACUGAUGGAGGGUAGAAGGAUGCGGGAGCGAACCGGCACAGCCCCUGGUGGAAACGGUCAGCAACGUGUUGGCUUGGGUAUAGCAGGAUCAUGA